AUGGCUACCCCUGUCAAGAUAAAGCUGAACGGACUGGACAUGGCGGUUGAUGCGGUACCAUUUGAACUGGAGGCGUUUAAACCAUUUGGUGAUGUGGUUGCGAACCCACGACCUGACCUUCACCCUGCCAUGGCUGCAAAGGCCAACGACACGGCAGGCAUGCCCUUCGAUGCCAUUGUCGCCAACCAGGGAACGGCAAUCAAGUACCAGCACGUGUCACGGAUGGAAAACCUCUACGACCAGGCGCCGAGCGGCCGGACCGGAGUGACCGUUUCCAACAUGUUUGUGUGUGCAUCACGGGCGCUCCCUCGGCGACUCGAAGCCGGAGUUGAGUGUGAAAUCUUCCCAGUCACCGUUCUCGAGCGCCAUCCGUUCACCAGCCAAACAUUUGUCCCGCUCCACGCCGAUUCCCAAAGUCGGUACUUGGUCGUUGUCGCUCCGAGCCUCUCGCCGAGUGCCAAAGACCAACAGCUGCCAGUUCCCUCCUCGCGGCCUGCUGGGGCGAUGGUUAAUCGAGAGUUGCCGGGUCGAGGACUACCCGACCUGAAGGGCCUGCGUGCUUUCAUCGCCACUACGGACCAGGCUGUAACCUACGGGGCAGGCACGUGGCACUCCCCAAUGGUGGCCCUUGGCCCAGCCGACAAGGCGAUUGAUUUCUUCGUUUUCCAGCACGCCAAUGAGGUUGCCGUGGAAGAUUGUCAGGAGGUUUUCUUUGGCUCAUCCACUGUCACAGUUCGCCUGCCGCCUCAGUCGAUAGCGAGUAAACUAUGA